CUUCCUCCGUUCCAUCAGCCCCUCUCACGAAACGUAGCGAGUGAAAGAUUCGAAGAUUCGAGAAUCGGCUCAGUGAAUCGAGUCAGUGGAGGGGGUGAAAGGGAAUCGGAAUCGUUCUGCACAUCGCUAGAUCGUAAAAGCCGGAGCGCAGAGCGCGAGAGUCCUGGAACAAAGGCGCGCGCGCGGACGUGAGGGUUUCUGAAGAGGGAACGCAGGAGGAAGAGGGCGAUGAGGAUGAGGAUGGUCUGACCAUCAUCCUGUGUCCUGCGUUGUGUAAUCUAACGGCACACAUUCGACACGGUGCGGUGCGGCUCGGGUGACGGGUAAAGGCGCGUGCUGAAGCAGAUGGAGCAGAGCGAGAUGCAGAGGAGAGCUCACUGACUCUCUCUCACACACACACUGACACGAGAAGGAAGAAAGAUCACAGCAGUGAGUGUGUGUGAGUGUGUGAGUGAGUGCUGAAGAUCAGGAGCUUACUGAAGGAGGCUGAGCCGAACACUGCGGGAUUUCCUCAGGAUUAUCUUCACCGGUCGGACCGGCUGCAGCGCGCAGGUAUGGUCUGUGACACACACCGCAGCAGAAACAGAAGCAGCAGCAGCAGUGCUAUCAUGAGAGGAAGCGUGUGUAUCACGGUGGUCCUCCUCAGCUUCACGUGCCACGUCAGUAGUCUCUCGCAGGCCACCACCGUGACCCCAAAUGAAGCACAGUUGAACAACAUCACAGUUUUCACUCGGAUCCUGGACAGACUGCUGGAUGGAUACGAUAACAGACUGCGUCCCGGCCUGGGAGAAAAGGUGACCGAGAUCAAGACCAACAUCUUCGUCACCAGUUUCGGUCCAGUGUCUGAUACAGAGAUGGAGUACACCAUCGAUGUGUUUUUCCGUCAGAGUUGGAAGGAUGAGCGUUUGCGCUUCACAGGACCCAUGGGGAUGCUCCCUCUCAACAACCUGCUGGCCAGCAACAUCUGGACUCCUGACACCUUCUUCUUGAACGGCAAGAAAUCCAUCGCACACAACAUGACCACGCCGAACAAGCUGCUGAGGCUGCAGGACGACGGCACGCUGCUCUACACCAUGAGACUGACCAUAUCGGCGGAGUGUCCGAUGCAGCUGGAGGAUUUCCCCAUGGACGCUCACGCCUGUCCUCUCAAGUUUGGGAGCUAUGCCUAUCCGAUCUCAGAGGUUGUGUACAAGUGGACCCAAGGUCCAACCAAGUCUGUAGUGGUGGCGGAGGAUGGAUCAAGACUCAACCAGUACCAUCUGAUUGGCCAGACAGCUGGCACUGAGGACAUCCACACCAGCAGAGGCCUCUACACAGUGAUGAUGGCUCACUUCUACCUGAAGAGAAAGAUCGGAUACUUCGUCAUCCAGACCUACAUGCCGUGCUUCAUGACGGUCAUCCUGUCGCAGGUCUCCUUCUGGCUGAAUCGGGAGUCUGUCCCUGCCAGGACGGUGUUCGGCGUGACCACAGUGUUAACCAUGACUACACUGAGCAUCAGCGCCAGAAACUCCCUUCCCAAAGUGGCCUACGCUACAGCCAUGGACUGGUUCAUCGCCGUGUGCUACGCCUUCGUCUUCUCCGCCCUCAUCGAGUUCGCUACCGUCAACUACUUCACCAAACGCAGCUGGGCCUGGGACGGCAAGAAAGCCAUGGAAGCGCAGCAGCCCAAAAAAAAAGACCCACUGGCGCUGUCCAAGAAGCCCAACAACACCUGCUCCACCGGCAUGAACUUCACCACCAACAUCACCAAAGACUCGGCCAUCGCCACCAUCUCCAACAGCACCACCGUCCAGAUGAAGAGUUCCGAGAGCAAGUCCACGCCCGACCCCAAAAAAACCUACAACAGCGUCAGCAAGAUCGACAAGAUGUCCCGGAUAGUGUUCCCCGUCCUCUUUGGAACCUUCAACCUGGUCUACUGGGCCACGUACCUCAACCGGGAGCCAGUGAUUAAAGGAGCAGUGUCACCAACAUAGAAAGUUCUUGCAUUCCUGCUUCUUCUUCUUCUUUUUUUUUGCUUAUCCCUGUUUUCUCGCCAUUCUUAAUAAACUGGAACAGAAAGCCACCCAGUUUCCUUCACCAUUCCAUUCAUCAUCCCCCCGCUCCUGCACUCCCCUCUCCUUCGGGUUUUAUUUUGGUUCUCAGAGAUUGCAUGAUCAGUUCGAAGCUCUGCAGGAACACCGUCUUAUUGCCAUGUCUGCCUUGACUUUCUACUGUAUUUUACUCUUCUAUUAGAAUUUCAGAGAAGAUUGUUGCAUUUCCCUUACAAACCUUUACCCAGUCAACACCACCACGAGGGUUUCCAUCACCACUGAGUCGAUUUUCAAACACGACUAAAUACCAAGAAAAAUAUGCAUUUGGCAUCUACAUCGAUUUAUUGACCGGUUACAGUGCCUUGCAUAAGUUUUCACCCCCUCCCCCCACACACAUAUAUUUUAUUUGAUAUAGUGUUAAAACCUGGAACUGAAAUGUACUAAAGUGGUGUUUAAUUCACCCAAGAUGUCAAUCAAACACCUUCUCCAGUGCAGCUCAGAGUCACCAUCCUGUUUCGUGGUGAAGCUCCGCCCCCAGUCUUGAGUCUUGAACAGAUUUCCUUUCUUUUAAGAAAAGCGACGUUCACCUCUCAUCCACUUCCUGGUGAUGCAAGGCCUUCAGAGAACAUAAUGCUACCACCACCAUGCUUCAUUAAGCAGAGUUGAGUACUUUUAUACAACUGAGCAUUUUAUGGUUAAGGUCCUUGCUCACAGGCCCAGCAGUGGUGCUUCUGAGAUUAGAACUCCCAACGUCUUGAUCACUAGUCCAACAUCUUAACCUCAGAGCUACCACUUUCUAAAAAAAAGAUGAUGUUCUCAGGAUGAUGAAUAGAGAACCUUUACAACAUGUUUACUGAGUUUUUUUUUUUGUGGGAAACAGGAUUUCACAAAUCUGACCCCUCCUGUGUAAAGCCUAGCUUUGUAGAGCGUCCAGAUUGUGGAUGUUCUCCUGUGGAUCUCUACAGCUCCUUCAGAGUCACCCCUGGCCUCUUGGUUGCUUCUUGGACAAAAUUUUUUGCUGCACAGGAUAUUCCAGACUCUUCCAGAUUUGUUUAGAUGGAUCCUUGCUUUUAAUGAUGCUGUUUGUUUGGAUAUCUUCUCUAAAAGACUUCAGGUUCUCUGAGGAACUGGUGUAUUAAUACUGACAUACAUUUAUUACCUGACACUGGACUCCAUUGGAAUGGGAUCUGACCACACCAGGACGAAUGAAAGGGGGGGUGGGGAUACUUGUGCUGUAAUAUUUUUAUUUUUAAAUCAUUUUGUCGUCUCUUUUGUGCCAACAAAUCCCAUCAAGUCCAUCUCAGUUCCACGUUUCAAAGCUCCAAUGUGUGAAAACAGUCAAGAGGAAGGGGUGAAUACUUAGGCAAGGCACUGUAUAGGUUCAUCAUCACCAAGUCAGCAAUGCCAAAUGCUAUGCAACAAAAAUUUUUUAUUCUAUUAUUCUAUUGGUAUUGAAACGCUUCUACUGAAAACUAUCGCUUUUGUAUGAAUGAGCCGGAAGCUUGCGGUGUUUAAGUUGUCGCUUGAGCGUUUGAGAGCCGCGAGCGCCGAGGCAGAGCUUGAACUAUAGCCAUGCUAAAAGUGUUGCCUUCUUUCAGGGCAAAAAAAAGAGAGAGAGAGAAAGAGAUCGCUUUUUAAACUAACUUUUGAGUCGAUUUGUUAUAUAGAGCUUGAAGCCAUUUUGAAUUACAGAGGCUGAAUCUUUGCAUUGCGCCGUCUAGUGGCAGCUUUUAUAACUUUUGCUCUUUAAUACUCGCAGUAUGUGGAGUAAAGGAGGUCGGGUUGCAGUUAUGACUUUCAGAAUCUCUUGUAUAUAGGCUGCGUGUGCUUUCGCUUUAACGUCCGACUGAAAUAAAUGUCGUGCUGCGCCGAUGCUACGCUGAAGAGCUAAAGUGCAGCUAAAGAUCCGCAUUUCUUUCCUCUCACCACAUCCUCUCCUCGCUGCUCUUAGUGUGUAGCUUCGCUUCGACAUACUGUAAUCUUUUUACAUGCUAGUGAAAUCAAACGCUUAUUUAUUAACUUAUUUACGGCCGAGAUGUUCGCUUGGGCGUGGCACGCACACUGAUUCUCACGAGCUAGCAUCCGUUUACAUUCUGUAAGAGAAAGAAAGCUUUGGGGUUUUGCUUUUGGGCUUUUUUUUCUCCGUGCUGCCAUGGAAAUGAGUGGACACCAGUUAGGAUGAAAGUUAGGAUGGAAGGAGGAAUGAACAGAACUUUUUUUCUUUGUUGUUUAAAGUAAACAAAGUACAUUUUCAAGAGUUCAGAUAUGACCCUGAGCCUGAAGGAGAGAAGAACGGAGAGAGAGCAGAAUGAAAGAAAAAUGACAAAAAUUUAAAGAAAAGUAAAGACUGAAAGAGAGGUAAGAGAGAGGGGAUAGAGACAGAAAGAGAGGUAGAGAGUGGGGGUAAAGACAGAAAGAGAGGUAGAGAGAGGGGGGAAAAGACAGAAAGAGAGGUAGAGAGAGGGGGGAAAAGACAGAAAGAGAGGUAGAGAGAGGGGGUAAAGACAGAAAGAGAUGUAGAGAGAGGGGUAAAGAUAGAAAGAGAGGUAGAGAGAGAGAGCAAAAUCAUGGAGCAAAAGUUUGUUCUAUUAAGUUCUAAAGUUCUAUUAAGAGGGAAUACUAAGGAAUCAAGUGUAUCAGAGGAAAGAGGCAAAAAAUCCAAGUUUGACCAAAUCUACUACACAUCUCAUGGCUUACAUAUGCAAAGGGAGGCACUUAAUGAUAGAUAGAUAGAUAGAUAGAUAGAUAGAUAGAUAGAUAGAUAGAUAGAUAGAUAGAUAGACAGACAGACAGACAGAUAGACAGAUAGAUAGAUAGAUAGAUAGAUAGAUAGAUAGAUAGAUAGAUAGAUAGAUAGAUAGAGGGGUGGUCUAACAUCCAGCAGCUCCGAUGCACUGCACCACUGCCUGAAACUUUUCUACACAUGGUUUUGAAAUGAUCUUGUUGGUGUGAGAUGGGUUCUCUCAGGAACAUGAGGUUCUCUCCACCUCCAUCACACACUCGCUGAGCUAAAACACCAUCGCAGAUGGACUAACAGACGCCGCUACAGUGCAUGAGAAAGCAGGAGACAAUAGCAUGCUAUCAGACGGUUAUUAACUCGUCCUUGCUCCAGAGUCCAGCACCGUCCAGUUGUAACUGAUGAAGCUAAAAAAAAACAGAAGCUAACGUAAAAAGUUCUUGUUCUACUUGCAGAUCAUUUUUGUUAAUUUUAAGCAUUAAAUUAUAAAAAAGGAAGCAAAGAAAACAAGAUCUUUCAAGAGGAUAAAAUAUUAUUUACAAGCAGGAUUAAUCAUUUCAGUCGUUUGGCUGACCUACAGUCAGUAGUUUUCUGGUCAGUGCACUCGCGAGUUCCUGAGUUUCAGUCUUUGUGAAGAUCGUGGCGCAGUUGUUCACACGGAUACGGAUAACAUGGAUGCGGAAUCUGGUGAAGGAUAUGGAUUGGAUUUGUCCAUUUAUGAUUAGACUUCUAUACAGAUCAGAUCACGAUGUCUGGUUUUCUGUCAAAGAGAAAAACCCCUCUAUCGAUUUUGCACCUAUAGACAGACAGGUAAAUAGAAAGAUAGACAGAUAAAUAGAUAGAUAGAUAGAAAGAUAGACAGAUAAAUAGAUAGAUAGAAAGAUAGACAGAUAAAUAGAUAGAUAGACAGAAAGAUAGACAGAUAAAUAGAUAGAUAGACAGAAAGAUAGGCAGAUAAAUAGAUAGAUAGAAUGACAGACAGAUAGAUAGGGGCCAGGAAGUUCAUGAUUAAUUCACACCCUACAGCCGAGGUCAGGUUUCUAAACUCUUAUUUAUCAUUGGUUCUGACAACCCGAGGUGUGCCGUGAGGUUCUGUGCUAACGUAGACGUGGAAAGGUUCCGCAAGUGUUCUGAAAAAGUUACAUUAAAGAGUUAAUGGGAUCAUUAUAGAGACGUUCAGGGAGAACCGGAUGUCAUUAACUGGAAGGAUGAUGAUGAUGAUGAUGGGGAUAAAGAUCGCUCCUGACGUUGCACAGGGUUGUGUAUGUUUCUUUUAUUCUUCUUUUUAAAGCUAAUGAUUAUUUCAGUGAUGUACAUUUGUCAUGUAAUAUGUCUGAAGCAAUAAAACUCAUGCCUGAUAUCCGA